AUGCCGCCAAAGAAGCGCGCUGCGAUUACACCGUCGACGGCUGGGAGGGCGAAGCGCCAGAAACUACAAAUGACGCCAAACAAGAGUCCGACUGUUGACUUGACAGCGCGAAAUGCUGUACACUCGCCUCUUCUAUGCCUCCCUGCGGAACUACGUGAAGCUAUCUGGAAGCUUGCCUUUGACGACCAAGUGAUUGUCGUGUCUUAUCGUCGCCGUAAGGAUGGAAAUGGCCGCAAUCUCAGUUUCCAGUGUUUUGGCACGUCUUCUGGACACAAAGCUGAGUCUGGAGCAAUGCACAAUGCGGCCGAGUCCUCGCCUAAGCCAAAGCUUGUAUGUCGACAGUUUUGGGCCGAGACCUCACGUGUAUUCCUCUCAUCGUGUAGAUUUCAAGUCAAUGACGCCCGUAGUUUCCGGGAAUUGGCGCUGUCAAAACAACCUGUCAUUCCUCACAUUCGAAGACUCAAUGUCUACGUCUGGUUUGCACCGCACUAUUUCCCCGCGUUUUGGGACGACGUAUUCACAUCAUCGCUGGUUGGCCGUUUCGUCGGCUUGGAAGGCGUAACUUUCGCAGGAGAAUUACGCUUCAACGGGGCAAUCACCGACAUGGAUGUCAUGAAAGGUGAUAGAUGGGGGUUCAGAUACCUUCCGACACUUAUCCGGUCGUUUCAACAGCACAAGCUGAAGGAGAACCUUACUUCUGUCGAUUUCUGGGUAAGGAAUUUCGCACGCCAACCACGCAGGGACGUCGUGCCACUGAAUGCGGCUAUACGUACACAGUUGCUAGAGCACCAUCCACGACGUCUCUCUCAGAGAAGAUCCUGA